UCGUUGAAGUCGCUACCUGCUUGCACCCGAUCUUCAUUGAGUGGUUUUGGUGCUGUUCUUCAUGUGUGGUUCUUCUUUCACAUAUAUUUUUUAUCGUCACCUCGAACCAGCAUAAAAAUACAACACCAACACUCAGUCAGUCAUCGGUCGCCCAUCAUAAUCCACCACUACCAUUCAAAUUGAGGCGCACGAAUUGUUUCAAUCUAUCUCGGUUUUAGAUGUGGGGAGAAAUGAUGAUUAAGGAAACCUGUUAUAAGCAUCAACUCCAGGAAUAUCUCUAGCUCAGCUAAUUAACUCUUUUUUUCGUUUGGCUUGUCCGUGUAAAUUAGCGGUAGAGUUUUCAGCAUAGACUUUCAAAAGUGUGCGUGUGCGUUAUUUAGCUACACAAAAAUUUCGCCAAUUUUGGUUGCCAUCUUUCCCCACGGGAAGUGAGUGCAAUCGAAUGGGAUUAGUGGAUCAAGACACCGACAGCAAACCCGCUCAAUGUUUUGUGGUCUGAAAAUUUCGAACAAAGUUGUGAAGAAAGCAGAAACCUGGAGCGAUUUUGAUAGCGAAAAAUUAUAUUGCUUGUGUAUGUUAUGAACCUUAAAGGCCACAACUAUCGGAAUGAAUCGUACGGUUUUAGGUGACCUGAGUUGUGCUUUCGAUGCUCAUGACUUGCUUAGAUUCACAAAAAACGCAUUGUGAACACAACAGGUGCGUGUCAUUGGAUAUUGUACGAUGGAAGAGUAAAUAUACAGUACAAGCGAUCCAGUGUUUUUUUACAGCUAUUGACCAAGUUUUUUGACCUUAGCAGGCGCUCGGGUAAUCAGUGAAACAAGCCGGUGAGUGUGCUUUGCUUUUAGAACGCCAGAUAUACACACAUGCGUGUUGACUAGCUGAUGCGGAUCAAAGCGUCAUUUGCGUGAAUGUUGAACAGUGGAUGAAGCUAAAUGAAACAGUGAAAAUAAUAAAAAAAAAUUCUACGAAGUAAGGUACAUUGUCAUUUUGGAAACGGGUGCGUGCCAUAUUGGACUAGUGUUCGUUUCUCAAAAGAAAAAAAAACGUUAUAUACACCUAGCUGAGCAAGGAGGACUGGCAGCAGGUGAUGGAUCGUCGCUUGCAAUGAAAAGCUUUUGCCACCGCCACACGGCACGUCAAACUACAUUGAGAAUCAGCACAAUGAUGGGAACAAUUCGCAUCGAAGUCUACUAAGCGUGCAGCAGCAGCAGUGGUGGUGGAAAAUGAAACCGUGGUUACCACCGAUUCGUCUUUUUCGUUCCCGCAGCCACUCGCAAAGUUUGCCAACUGUAUGAAUCCUCCGUAUAGAAUGCCUCCGCAGCCCCUUGGGACGUCGUAUGGUGUACAAAAUGACCAUCCCAUCCCCGGCACAGCAGCUACAGGCACGAUACCAUCGUUAUCAUCAUCGUCGUCAGCAGCUGCGGGAGCAGGAACCGACUCAUCCCAGCACCUGCUGAGUCCGCCCCUGCGAACUCAUUCCAGCAAGUUUCCGAUUGAACGAGAACUAGUACUGUCAUCCAACAAAAACGCUUCCAAGAUUCCGCUGAUGCAAGAUAACCGAAACUCAAACAUCCCAUUGUUGAACCGGUCGUCAGUUUCCGCCGUCGGGCCAGAUUUGCCAACCAAGCAGACGCAGGCGUGGAACCAAGCACAAAUCGAAGUGAUCCAUUCUUCCAUCACCGGAACUAUUCCUCGAAAUGCAGUCCGUCUACCAGAGGACGUAACUGCACUAGCCGAACGAGACAGCAGCGCCAAGGAUAAGGAAACGGUGAAAAAAUCCGUAUCAAAAAAUUACCACAAACUUAAGGACCUCAUUUCGUCGAAGUUCAAAAAGGACAGCUCGGAGGGUACAGGUGACGAAUUAAACAACGUUUCCUCGAUUCUUCAGCAACAGCACGAUAGUCUCGGAUCGUCGUUCCUCAUAACAGGAAAUAACCCAGGAAACAAUCUGAACCACGCCCAAUCCAACAUUAACCUUUGGAGUACUAACGCGAGGGGCGAUUCGCCAUUGUACUAUCACAAGAAAUUUGCGGAUCCUGCUGAUGGUUACAACGGUGACAUGUUGAGUGGAUUUCGUAGCUUGAAGGCUAUGUCGCAGCCACAAUUAAACACAGUAUCCGGUGGACAGAACUAUCCAAACUUCUCCCCGAACCCGAUGGAUGGCACUGACAGCGACGACGGUGGAUUCCGGCAACAAGACCCUCCUAGGAUGAAUAUAACCAAUCCCAUACAGCAACACAAUCGACAGACCCAGCAAAAUUACGUUCAUAAUUAUCGUCAUAAUCAUCCGCAAGGAUCUGGACACCAGACACCACAAAUGACAACGACUAGCUAUCAGCACACUCCUGAAGGUAGACACAAACUUCUUGCGGAGUACUCGGAUGGUCAUCUCUCUCAUUCGCAUGGUGCUCACACGACAAUCAACAUUGGCGAAUCGAGUUACAACGGCCACGAACAUGUGGAUAAACAUCAAAAAUUAAAUGAAAUUUCUAGUUCAAAGAUGGGACAAAAGCCACCCAUCCAGAAGAUAGGGAACUCAACGCAACACGGAAGUGAUAAUCAUAGCGUGAACAACAAUACUAUAGUUCAGAUUGCUUCCGACUCCUCGCAUGUGGUUCAGAAGCAGAUUGAUUCAAUUUCCAGUUCGGAUUACGAUCGAAAUGGGAAUCACAGCUCGAAUGUUGAUUCUGGGCGUGGAAGUGCUGCCUAUUCAAGUGGUAGGAAGGGUGGAGUGCAGCAACCGGUCAGUGUGAAUCAGGUUGAACAAGCUGAUCGGAAUCGGAGCAAAUCAGAGUCGGAAUGGAUUGACGUAGUGGAUGCAGAAUUGCGUAACAUUCUAGAACCAGGAAUUAAGGGCAUGAUGAUCCGUCCAGAGAGCACCAUGUCAGAAAGUGCUUCCUCUAUGUCUCCACCAUUGCCGCCUCUUUCGCCAGAAGGAGGAAUCUCUUAUAACGCAACCAGUAACGGUGUGAAUAAUACUCACACUAAAUCAAAUGUCAAGAAUCAAUCCAAGCAAGAGUACGGAACAGAUACCUAUAAUCGAGCAAGCAAGAAUCCUCAACCGAUUGGUCCUUCCAAAGGUCAUCCAUCAAACAACACCAUUCAAAACUACAUGCACAAUCUUAAGUUGUCAUCUAGUAGCAAGAAACAUGAGCAAACACUUCUCAAGAAACAUCUAUUUGGCUUGGACUCGGAUCGAGCCUCAGUGACAAACACAACUCGUUCACUCGAUCUGGAGUCACUAUUGGGUGGACCAUGGGAAGCAGGUCAGUCAGUUAGUGAAUCGGAAACUGACGGUGGUGGCCUUCAACAGAUCCGUAACCAACUUGAAGGGCUUGAAACGAUGUACAGUGAGGUACUGAAGAUGCUCGGCAACAGAAUGGCCGGCUACGACGUUCAGCAGCGGGUGAACCGAAGACGACGACACGGUAGCCUAUCUUCGCUUCCGUCCAGUUCGGUUAGUGGACGGCCGAUACGAGACCGUAGGCGAACAGAUGAGCGCCGAAAAGUUCGGGAUAUUCGAGGGAUCAACAAACGCUUCCAGCGAUUGGAAUCGCACGUUGUUACCCUUGCUCGAAGCGUUGCGCAUUUAUCGUCCGAAAUGCGCUCGCAACAUGUUAUGUCUCAAGAGCUAGAGGAAAUCCGAAAUGACAUGGCCAUGCUGAGAACACAGUCGAUGCAUCACAUACCGCUGAAUGCUAGUGCCGCAGCGACGGCUAAUGCUACUGCAAAAGAGCCAAUGAACUUGACAAAUCCCAGACGGGUCAAAAAGUUAACGAAAUUUUUCGGCGAGGAUCCUCCGUUGAUGAAGCUUUUUCUAAAGAAGUUAGGCUACGAGAAAUACGCCUCGAUUUUUGAGAACGAAAGGGUCGGCAUGAUCGAGCUACCGUAUCUAGGGGAGGAAAGACUGCAAAAAAUGGGCAUACCUCUGGGACCUCGGUUGCGUAUCCUGCAGGAAGCCCAAAUUUCGCUCUGCCGAGACACAACACUUUGCAUCGUAUAAGUCAAGCAUGAGUUUUUGUUCUAUCAUGUCGUCGCCGAAACAUGGGACCAAACGAGCCAAAGACAACAGUAGAUACUUAUAACAAAUAAAUCCAGUGAACUAUACAUUGCUUACUUAGAUCGUAAAUGUGUAUUACCGCGAUUAUUUUUAAUGAUUAGUGUACACUUUAUUCACUAUCCAUGUGUAACUGCAGAUUUUUACGAAGCUUAUUUUGAACGAAACACAUUCUCUACAGUUGUGGAGCCCUCAAUACUCAAUGGAACGAUAUAUAGUAGUAUUUAA